GCUGGGGAAGGACCUGCCGAUUGGGCUUCGCUGACUGGCUCAGGCGGAACCGCGUGCAGGAGUGACUCCCUGUGGACUGGAGCAGGCUUGGCUUACAACGGCCGAUCCUCUCAGCGGCACGUUGAGGAGGUGGCUGAGAUCCGAAGGUUCGCUUUUGGCUUUCAGGUUGAUUGACUUAUGUGCAGACUGGGAGCCUGGAGUUUCCUCGCCCUCUGCAGACUGGAGCAGAGCCUCUGCCGGUGUUACAAAAAGCAGGCCGAAUGAGGCAGAGAAGCUGAGAGCUGUCUGAAAAGCCCCCGUGGAGCGGCACAAGGCGUCGAGAGCCCGCGGGCUGGGCAGCUGGGAGCAAGGCCCGGUGCUGAGGAUGGACAGGCAGCAGGCACUACCCUGGGUCCACACAGCCCUCAUCCUCUUCCUCCUCAGCCCCGGAGGGGCCAUUGAGAUUCCAAUGGAUCCAAGCAUUCAGAAUGAGCUGACCCAGCCCCCGACUAUCACCAAGCAGUCGGUAAAGGACCACAUCGUGGACCCCCGUGAUAACAUCCUGAUUGAAUGUGAAGCUAAAGGGAACCCCGCCCCCAGCUUUCACUGGACUCGAAACAGCAGAUUCUUCAACAUCGCCAAGGACCCCCGGGUGUCCAUGAGGAGGCGAUCUGGGACCUUGGUGAUUGACUUCCGCAGUGGCGGACGACCUGAGGAGUACGAAGGGGAGUAUCAGUGCUUCGCCCGAAACAAAUUUGGCACGGCGCUUAGCAACCGGAUCCGCCUCCAGGUGUCCAAAUCUCCUCUGUGGCCCAAGGAAAACCUAGACCCCGUCGUGGUUCAAGAGGGUGCCCCCUUGACGCUGCAGUGCAACCCCCCACCCGGCCUCCCAUCUCCAGUCAUCUUCUGGAUGAGCAGCUCCAUGGAGCCCAUCACUCAGGACAAGCGUGUCUCCCAGGGCCACAAUGGGGACCUCUAUUUCUCCAACGUCAUGCUGCAGGACAUGCAGACCGACUACAGCUGCAAUGCACGUUUCCACUUCACCCACACCAUCCAGCAGAAGAAUCCGUUCACCCUCAAGGUCCUUACCACCCGAGGGGUGGCCGAAAGAACGCCUAGCUUCAUGUAUCCGCAGGGCACCUCGAGCAGCAAGAUGGUGCUUCGUGGUAUGGACCUGCUGCUGGACUGCAUUGCCUCUGGGGUCCCAACACCAGACAUUGCAUGGUACAAGAAAGGUGGGGACCUCCCGUCUGACAAGACCAAGUUUGAGAACUUUAACAAGGCCCUGCGCAUCACCAAUGUCUCUGAAGAAGACUCCGGGGAGUACUUCUGCCUGGCCUCCAACAAGAUGGGCAGCAUCCGGCACACGAUCUCGGUGAGAGUAAAGGCUGCUCCAUACUGGCUGGAUGAGCCCAAGAACCUGAUUCUGGCUCCCGGUGAGGACGGGAGGCUGGUAUGCCGAGCCAAUGGAAACCCGAAGCCAACUGUCCAGUGGAUGGUGAAUGGGGAGCCUUUGCAGUCGGCACCGCCCAAUCCCAACCGUGAGGUGGCCGGGGACACUAUCAUCUUCAGGGACACUCAGAUCAGCAGCAGGGCGGUGUACCAGUGCAAUACAUCCAACGAACAUGGCUACCUGCUGGCCAAUGCCUUCGUCAGUGUAUUGGAUGUGCCUCCUCGGAUGCUGUCUCCCCGGAACCAGCUCAUCAGGGUGAUCCUUUACAAUCGGACACGGCUGGACUGUCCGUUCUUCGGGUCUCCUAUUCCAACACUCCGAUGGUUUAAGAAUGGGCAAGGAAGCAACCUGGAUGGUGGUAACUACCACGUCUACGAAAACGGCAGCCUGGAAAUCAAGAUGAUCCGCAAAGAGGACCAAGGCAUCUACACCUGUGUGGCCACCAACAUCCUGGGCAAAGCUGAAAAUCAAGUCCGCCUAGAGGUCAAAGACCCCACCAGGAUCUACAGGAUGCCCGAGGACCAGGUGGUCAAGAGGGGCACUACGGUGCAGCUGGAAUGUCGCGUGAAGCAUGACCCCUCCUUGAAGCUCACGGUCUCCUGGCUGAAGGACGAUGAACCGCUGUACAUUGGGAACAGGAUGAAGAAGGAAGAUGACUCCCUGACCAUCUUUGGCGUGGCAGAGCGAGACCAAGGCAGUUACACGUGCAUGGCCAGCACCGAGCUGGACCAAGACCUGGCCAAGGCCUACCUCACUGUUCUAGCUGAUCAGGCCACUCCAACUAACCGUUUUGCUGACCUACCCAAAGGACGGCCAGACCGACCCAGGGACCUGGAGCUCACUGACCUGGCUGAGAGGAGUGUGAGACUGACCUGGAUCCCAGGGGAUGAUAACAACAGCCCCAUCACAGACUACGUCAUCCAGUUUGAAGAGGACCAGUUCCAACCGGGCGUCUGGCACGACCACUCCAAGUUCCCAGGCAGUGUCAACUCCGCUGUCCUCCAACUGUCCCCAUAUGUCAACUACCAGUUCCGAGUCAUCGCUGUCAACGAGGUUGGGAGCAGCCACCCCAGCCUUCCGUCUGAGCGCUACAGAACCAGUGGGGCCCCUCCUGAGUCCAAUCCCAGCGAUGUGAAGGGAGAAGGGACAAGAAAGAAUAAUAUGGAGAUCACGUGGACGCCCAUGAAUGCUACCUCUGCCUUUGGCCCCAACCUGCGCUACAUUGUCAAGUGGCGACGGAGAGAGACCCGAGAAACCUGGAACAAUGUCACGGUGUGGGGCUCUCGCUACGUGGUGGGGCAGACCCCUGUCUACGUGCCCUAUGAGAUCCGAGUCCAGGCUGAAAAUGACUUUGGGAAGGGUCCCGAGCCUGACACCGUCAUUGGGUACUCAGGAGAAGAUUAUCCCAGAGCUGCACCCACUGAAGUUAAAAUCCGAGUCUUGAACAGCACAGCCAUCAGCCUUCAGUGGAACCGGGUCUACUCUGACACGGUCCAAGGCCAGCUCAGAGAGUACCGAGCUUACUACUGGAGGGAAAGCAGCUUGCUGAAGAACCUGUGGGUGUCUCAGAAGAGACAGCAGGCCAGCUUCCCUGGUGACCGCCCCCGGGGCGUGGUGGCUCGUCUCUUCCCCUACAGUAACUACAAGCUGGAGAUGGUUGUGGUCAACGGGAGAGGUGAUGGGCCUCGCAGUGAGACCAAGGAAUUCACCACCCCGGAAGGAGUACCCAGUGCCCCAAGGCGUUUCAGAGUCCGACAGCCCAACCUGGAGACCAUCAACCUGGAGUGGGAUCACCCGGAGCACCCCAAUGGAAUCCUGAUUGGAUACACUCUCAAAUACGUGGCCUUUAACGGAACCAAACUGGGAAAGCAGCUGGUGGAAAACUUCUCUCCCAACCAGACCAAGUUCUCGGUGCAGAGGGCAGACCCUGUGUCCCGCUACCGCUUCUCCCUCAGUGCCAGGACGCAGGUGGGCUCUGGAGAAGCAGCCACAGAGGAGACGCCGGCACCUCCAAAUGAAGCUACUCCAACCGCAGCUCCUCCCACGUUGCCCCCGACUACUGUGGGUGCCACAGGCCUAGUGAGCAGCACUGAUACUACUGCCCUUGCUGCCACCAGUGAAGCCACUACAGUCCCCACCAUCCCAACUGCCGUACCUACCACCAUCGCCACCACUGUCGCCACAACUACUACAACCACUGCCGCAACCACCACUACCACCACCACCACCACCACCACCACGGAGAGUCCUCUCACUACCACCAUUGGGACUAAGAUUCACGAAACCGCCCCCGAUGAACAGUCCAUUUGGAACGUCACGGUGCUCCCCAACAGUAAAUGGGCCAACAUCACCUGGAAGCACAAUUUCAGGCCUGGAACUGACUUUGUGGUUGAGUACAUCGACAGCAACCAUACGAAAAAAACUGUCCCUGUUAAGGCCCAGGCCCAGCCUAUACAGCUGACAGACCUCUAUCCCGGGAUGACGUACACGUUGCGGGUGUAUUCCCGGGACAACGAGGGCAUCAGCAGUACCGUCAUCACCUUUAUGACCAGUACAGCUUACACCAAUAACCAGGCAGACAUCGCCACCCAGGGCUGGUUCAUCGGGCUCAUGUGUGCCAUCGCCCUUCUGGUGCUGAUCCUGCUCAUCGUCUGUUUCAUCAAGAGGAGCCGUGGCGGCAAGUACCCAGUGCGAGAAAAGAAGGAUGUCCCUCUGGGCCCUGAAGACCCCAAAGAAGAAGAUGGCUCAUUUGACUACAGCGAUGAGGACAACAAGCCCCUGCAGGGCAGCCAGACGUCCCUGGACGGCACCAUCAAGCAGCAGGAGAGUGAUGACAGCCUGGUGGACUAUGGGGAAGGUGGCGAGGGCCAGUUCAAUGAAGACGGCUCCUUCAUCGGCCAGUACACGGUCAAAAAGGACAAGGAGGAGACAGAGGGCAAUGAGAGCUCCGAGGCCACAUCCCCGGUCAAUGCCAUCUACUCUCUGGCCUGACGGAGUGCCCCAGGCACAGCACACUACUUUGCAAGUAGGAGGGGAGAAGGGGAGAUAAAGCGACCGCAGACCUACCACAAAGCCACAACCACCUUCAGGGACAAGGGUACAACAUGGGGUCUGCCAAGCUGUGAGGACCAGUGGCGACCCAGCUAUUCACAACCCCCUCCCAGUGAUACCCCAACGCCCGUGGGUAUCACUAGAUGGGAAAGCUAGAGUUACACUCGUUGGAGGAGCGCUAGUUUCUUGCCCUAUCUCAUGGCCACCCUGAGCACUCCACCACAACGGCCAGCCUUGAUCUCGGCACACACUGAUCCAUUCCUAUUGCUUACAAUCUUUUCACUGUCUUCAUUUUCUUUUUUUUUUUUUUUUUUUUUUGCUUUGUGUAUCUUCUCCUUCCAAUCCAUUGUCUCCAUUUUCUUUUAUUUUUGGAAAAAAAAGUCCCUGGAAAAAGACUAAGUGGGCUCUCCCCCAGGAACCGAAAAGAUGGGCAAAAAGGACUGAUCCGUAACACAACAUGCAGAAAAGCUGUACUGUUCAAGCUGCCACCAGGCCAGUGUGUUUCCGAAGGAUGCCUUUCGCCAUAUGCCUCCCCCACCCCCACUCCCCACCCAUCUGCCUCGGCCUUGUCCAUGCUGAGCUGGGCUUGGCUCCUUUCUGGAAAAUGACAGUGUUUUUUUGGCAGGGAGAGGGUGGGCAGGACUCCUUGCCGCACUCUGGUUUGGUUGGGAGUGGGGUUUACCUCUUGCUACUCGUUCUUACUCUGCCCCUGCUGCCAGAGAGUCUGAGAGUGAGCUGCACAGAAGAUGAAGAUGAAGAAUAGGUACGGAUGAGAAGGACUGAGCCCCGCACGGAAACAAGUGAGAGUGUGUUUCCCGGGUGAUGGAGCAAACCUCUGGAAAGAAAGGGCUGGGUCUGGACCUUUUGUCUCUGGCAGUGAAACCCAGAGUGGAAGAGAGAGGACCACGGCUGCCCACCCAGUCAGGGUCUACGCUGCUACCCAGAAGAGCUGAAUCCCUGUGAUACAGAGGUGUGGCUGGUAUAUCUGGGGUAACGAUGCUGCUCCCCCUCCCAUCCUGUCCUUGCUCAGUUGUAUCUGACAUGGACUUAUGUCUGACGUGGUAUAUGAAUGGGGACCUGCUGCCCCCAGACUGAGCCUAUCUGUCCUUUCAUUGGGGUACACAUACAUACCAGGGGACCAUGAGGUGCGCCGUGCUAACAGUGCUGUGCUGCCCCUGCCUAGAAGGACAAAGCUCUUCGUAUGCCUUACGCAGCUCUGAUCUAACCCUGCAGUUCCCAGAUCCCUAGCCCUACUCUGCAAGCCUUGAUGCCUCCAGUGAUGUAUGUCUCGGGACGAGGGCAGCCUAUGCAAGUGUCCCCUUGGGACCAGAAGCAGUCACUCCACACUUGCCCUUCCCCCCACCACCCGAAUGGAGACACUCGCAGGCCUGAAGUUCUCAGCCUGAAGGUGCUGCCUUCAUCCCCACCUAAUCCACUUUUGAAACCAAAGGUACCUUGCCUCAACGACACAAAGAGAUGGGAGAUCUUGAGCCAGAGUGUCGCCCUGGCAGUUGUGGGAGGGCGAGGUCGACCACCGCCAAUGGAUCACCUGCCAUUGGCACGGCCUCCAACUUUAGCUGUUAGUCAGGGGCCUAGGCAGGACCAGGGCUGCUCCCUUCAGAGACUUUUCAAAAGCGUCAUUUGCCAUAUGUUUAAGCCGCAGAGGUAUUAGCAAUGCUUCCAUCCCUUGAUAAGCAUCCGAUUGAAAGUCAGGCCCAUAGGCACACACUCUCUGCAGGUAAGGAGCCACAUCCCAGAGAUGAGCCUGAGAGUGUGUCUUGGUCCUUUGGCUCAACCCAUGGCCAGCACUGCUGCCUGGAGGCCCGAGGGACAGCUCUCAUGGUGAAAGGGGACAGGGUAACUGACAGAAGGCUGGGGACAGGGGUGUGCUCAGGGUCCCCUUCCCCAGUUCCAAUCUAGCUCUUCUUGAAUGCAGCAGGGCAUUGCUGCAGUGUAGGCCACUGUCCCUGGAGGGAGGGCUCGGGAAAUGUGCCUGUCAGCCUAAGUGAGGCACCACCCUUUCCAGAAAACACUUUGGAUCUGGGCAGAGUGGUCAGUUUCUCAGACCUCAUUCACGUGGCACCAUCUGGCUAGUGAACCCAUUGCACUGACAGCAGGCUUUUAGAGGAAGGGACUCUUAGAUGUCCCUGCCACAGACAACCCGGAGAGAACUGCUUUGGUCUUAUGGGUCUGGGGGGAGAAGUGAAUCCUUAGACUGUCUUCGUGCCCCGUUCUGGAGUGCUGACAUGCUCAGUACCCUUCUCUUCUGUAUAUAAAGAGAAGGUUACGAACCUUUCUCUCGAACUGCUUUGUGGGUGCUGAUAGGGGCCCCCACUGCCACUGAUCAUAGCUCUCUUAGGAGGGACAGAUCUGGGCUGAAGAAUUAGUUUCUCUCAAGUAGAGAUGGCAGGUGCCCACAGACCAAGCUCAGCGAUGUGGGGGUGCAAGGUGGAGGAGGCAGCUCCUUAUAGGGAGGGGAGAAGCCACUUUCCACACAGCCUGCCAGAGUGUAUCCCAACUCAGCAGGAGAGCAGUAUUGCCCCCUCCCUGCGCCUGGAUCCCAAGCAGCCAUCCCAAAGUGAUACCUAGUCCUGCUAGGGCUUCACCUGUCUGGUGGGGGCAGGGGAAGAGUGCCGUCAUCUUGCAGCGAUGCUGAGUGUUUAUCGAAUGCUCUUUGAGUCUGGGCCAAGGCUUGAGCCCUGAGUACCAUGUUAACCUGUGAGGUCAGAUGUGGCCCCUGCCCACACAGGGUUGAUAUUACUGGAAAUGCGUAGAUGAAUUACCAGGACACGGUGAUCAUUACGUUGGAAGCAUGGUGUUCUUGUUUGCUUAGACUACCAAAUGCUUCAAGUCAGAAAAGAGAGGCUUCCAAGGGAGAACCUGGUCCAUUGGGCCAGCAAAUCUGGGCGGGACGUGGCAGUCAAGAUGAGAGGGGUUCAGCAGCCAGUGUUGUGCUUCCUUGGGGUGUCUGUCUCCCCCAUUUAGCCCCUCUUUGAAUACUCCUGUUCAGAGGUGGAUUGGAUGUACAUGUCAGGAUCAGCUGUCCCCCCUCCCCCACCCUCACCCCCCCCACACACUGACGCCUGGGAUAUGGUAAACAGGACACAUGGGUCUCUGCUUGGGCAGAGAGCAGAGUUAAUAGAGGGAAAACCAGGCUGGCUCCUGUCCAUGCCUAUUUCUUCUGCCCCGAGAGGUCAGGGUAGGAGGGACCACUUCCUCCCAAUGAGAUCUGGAAUGAUCAAUGAGCCUAGAGUCAGCGGUGACUCAGCUAACAGGGAAUAAGAGAGCAUGUCCCCCGUUUCCCUGAACAGUCAGUGUUCAGAAGGGGAUAGAAACAUCCAUGGGUAUUUGUAGAGUUUCCGGACAGCCUCCCCACCCCCCACACACCUGUGCACACGCACACGCACGCAGCAGACACAUACCCUGUUGCAGAGCAGUGUUUCCAGCAGGAACAGCCCAGAUCAUGCAUCAUCUCGCAGGAUGUGAGUCCGUGUCUGGCUCACAUGACAUGAGCUACUCAGUCCUGGGGGAGGGGGACUUUGGGAAGGGAGAGAUUCUCUGGGUUGGGCCUUAUUUUUGUGACUCCUGUGGGCAGAAUGUAGAGAAGAGAUGAGGAAGAGAGACAUUUCCUGGCCCCUCCUGAGAGCUCCUGGUUAAGCCUGGCUGUCCUAGAGUCCCCUCCCCCGACAUGAUGGGGAAAGCAAGGUCUCCUUGCUAUUUAUGAAGCGGUUUCAUUGUUGCUCAGCAGAGGUAAAACAUCUUGGUCCCUCCAUGGUUUGUGGCUGAGAUCAAGGUUCACUUCUCAGCGGGAGGACAGCAGGUUGCUCGGGUGUCGCCCCAGAGCCCAUUCCUCAUUCCUGUCAUCUCGGGGUGGGGUGUCUGUCCUCCAACCAAGUCCAGCAGCAGCUUCUGUCCAGAGCGAGCCCAUGGCCAGGGUUGGGUUCACCCAUCUGGGCCACAGUGCUCCCUUUUCUCCGAAGCAAAAGUCCGCAUGAGAAUUUCCCAAGGUAGCCUAGGAAGUUCAUGCCAGCAGUCCCCAAUUCAAAACAAGAAGUCUUGAGCCAGCAACAGAGAAUGUGUCGUGUCAGGAGCCUCAGUGCCCUGGGAGGACACAGGUGGACUGGGCAGAGCUUCCCUUCAACUCAGUGGCCAAAUGCCUUUUAAUCCUAAUAUGCUGAUAAGAGCAGACGCUGCCACGAGACAGGAGACGGCGAUGAAGUAGAUCCAAGGCAUCUCGCUUAGGACAGAAUAGGAUUCCCCUUGUGAAGGAAACUCAGAGCUGAUCUAAUUGAAAUGACUCAUCGUGCAGACGUGCAGGAAAGAGAGCUGGCGAGCGAGGGUACUUCAGGGCCUUCUGACUCCGUGUCCAGUGUUCUUUCGUCCCCACCGCAGCUGCCUCGGUAGGUGUCGCUUGAGAUCUGUCCUGUUUAUCACCCUGCCAUUACGCUUCCGCUCCCAGAACCUCCCAGUGGACAACAAAAAGGCUUCUCCUUAGUCCGAGCUCAGCCAGCCAGUGGUUAACUCAGCCAGGAAGUUACAAGCAGCCCCGGCCAGAAGAGGGGAUGAUGAGCUAGCCCACUGUGUUUGCUCCGGUGAAACCCGGACUGGGCCCCAGAAUGGUGUCUCUUGCUUCAUCAGCAUACGGUAUUCCCCAGAAGUGAGGAGGGGGUCUCUGUCCAUUCUGCCCUUGACCACAGAGUCUGCAGGUGCUGAGGGAUAGCCGGGGCCCAGGCAAGCUUACCACCCUGGGAUCUGCUGAGUUGGAGUUCAGCAGAUGUAAAGACUUCCAUGAAGCAAUAAACACAAAAGUCUGGGAGUGGAUAUCCAGAGUUUUGUGCACUCCUGUUUUGUUUUGUUUUUUUUUCAAAGUUGCUGCAGAUUAGAUGACCUGACCUGCUUGCUCUUCUGAGUCUCAGAUGUGAUAUCCUAAGUCAGUGUUUCCCCUCUGCCCAGCUUCCCAGCUCUUUGCCAACUCCUUCUGAGCUGUUAUCAGUCAUCUGUCUGUCACAUGCCGCUUUCCGUGCCGGUCCCCACCUCAACCAUGCUGGAUCCUGGAGGACCUCUUGCUCUGCCCCCAACCACAUACACAUCUCUACCUUCCACCAUGGUGUUCCCCGUGUCUCCAUCCCGCCCCACGUUCCUACACACGCGAGUUGGUCUAACUUUUUCUCCUUUGGUUACACAUUUAACUCUCCAUGGCAAACCCAUGUUAAUCUCUCUCACAUCGCCUCCUCCCCUUCUUGUGAGUUACUUGUCAUUAACCAACCUUGUCAGCGACAGAUGUGUAUCUGAGGGUGUCACGCACGCGCGACCUUCAGCAGGGACUUCUGGGCCAUGGAGGACUGUCUAAUACAUGGACUUAUAAACUGACUGCAUGAGCAAUGAAAAGGCCAAAAUAUUCAGAUUUUUUUUGAAUCACUGUAAAAAAAAACUGAUUUCUUUUGUAUAGAGAACACUAAACGUAUAAUAAAAGUUGUUCAAAAUGGA